ACACGAACGAUUAUUUAUUUUUCUUUCACGCGUUUUCCACUUUCCCGUUCCACUAAUCUAACUCUAACCGCCUCCCGCACCCACCUGACGCGCUAUCGCCUCCUUUCUCUUCUUUAAACCACGCCGCUCACCGCUUCUUUCUUCUCAAACCUGCCAAAGCUUCCUCACUCUCAGAGCUCUCUCUCUCUAACCAAGCAGAUAGCCAUGGCCGCUCUCAUCCUCUUUGCUCUCCUCUUCCUAUGCGGCCUUCUCAACUCACUCUUCUUUCCCUCCUCCAAACUCCUCCCAUGGUUCCACUCCCUUCUCCUCUCCGCCAUCUCACCUCCCAAACCCAAGCCCAAUCCCCCGCCCAAACCAGAUCUCACGAAAGAACGCAGAGCUAACAGAUCGGAAUCCUUGGCCGAUUCCCUAAACCUCAAAACCCUCUUCUCGACCUUCGAUGCCGACGGCGACGGCUACAUCUCCACCGCCGAGCUCAACGACUCCCUCCGGCGACUCGGCCUCCACGCUACCGGCGACGAUUUGACGAACAUGAUGGAAAGGGUGGAUGCGAACGGCGACGGCCUCAUCGACCUCAACGAGUUUAAGGAGCUCUGUGCCUCACUCGGAUCUGAAGGCGAGGGCGAAGCAGACGAGGAUCGGGAGCUUAGAGAGGCGUUCGAGGUGUUCGAUGAUAACGGCGACGGUCUGAUCACGGUGGAGGAACUCAGCCUGGUUUUGAAAUCACUUGGGCUGAGGCAAGGCGAUCGCGCCGAGGCCUGCCGUGAUAUGAUCAACAGGGUUGAUUUGGAUGGAGAUGGGAUGGUUAACUUCGAGGAGUUUAAGAGGAUGAUGGUCGUUGAUGGAGGAGGAAGCUUCUUCUAAUCUCCAUUUCCGUUCGGGUAUUUCUUCUAAAUCUUAGUUUCCCCGAUACUUGGAAAAUUAUUAAGCGAGAUUCGCUGAAAAUGAAAUUGCUCUCAGAUAAAGACAAACCUCAGCAAACCGCAAGCUUAUCUCGUCUGAUAAUUUCCUCUUUUUUUUUUGGAUGAAUUUCGCUUGUAAUUAUGGAUUUAAGCAUUGCUUAAUCAAUGAAUUUUUUUUUU